GUGGAUCUGCCUCCGUAUCCCGUGGGCCAGUGCGCGGUGCGCGAGCCUGGCUGGCUGAGUGUCGGCGCGCGGACGGCCGGACUAGUUUUCCCUGCUGUAACCGGACAAAAGAACCGAGAACCGGGGAGGACAACCUACGAAGAGCCGGGGACAGGAAUGGAGAUGUGCAGCCGUGUCCUGAGCCUCCUGUUCGGCCUCUCACUGUUCGGUGGGUGUGGCGGUCGGGUGGUGACGGUGUCUCCUGGUCCUUUAAUCCGGGUGGAGGCUCAGCCCAUCUCCAUCAGGUGUGACGUCCACGACUACGGCGGUCCAGAUGAACAGGAUUUUGAAUGGAGGAUGUCGACAACGGCGACCGGGCCCAAGACCAACAUCAUCUCGUCCUUUGACCCCGGCUACUCCCACGCGUCUCUGAGCCAGCGCGUGGCGUCAGGUGACAUCUCCGUGGUGAGGCUCAAAGAUAACCAGGUGGAGCUGAAGAUAGCCGAGGUCAGGACGCAGGACGCCGGCUUCUACGAGUGCCAGACGCCCAGCACCGACUCGGAGAUCAAGGGCAACUACAAGGCAGAGGUGCAGCUCAUCGUUAUCCCCCACACCCUUAAAGUGUCACCGGCCACGCCCCCGGCCGUCGUCCCAGAAGGAAGUGACAUCACUCUGUCCUGUAACGUGACCCGGGAGCUGAGCCAGCCCACCUACCUGUCCGUCAGCUGGUCCUUAAAGAAGGGCUCCGUGACAGAGGAGGUGUUAUCGUUCGGCCCUCAGGGGGGGGUCACCACGGGCUCCAAGUACGCCCGACGGUACGCCGAUGGAGGAAUCCGAUUGGUCCCCGGAAAAAACGGAGCGUUCGACCUGGUGAUCUCCAGAGUGACCAUGUCCGAUGACGGAACUUAUGAGUGUAACGGCACGGAGUGGACCCACGAGAGCGGAGGAACCUGGGUGAAGAUCGUAGAAAGUACCAAAGAGAUGGGCACGGUGACGGUUACUGCCACAGCUCAGUCUCUCAGUGUGACGGCGUCUUCUUCAUCUUCCUCCCCCUCCUCUUCCUCCGUCCUCAUCUCCCCCGGCGACACCCUGACCCUCCUCUGCUCCGUUGCCGUCGACAACCUCCCCCCCAUGGCCCUGGAGGUGUCGUGGUUGGCCGACGGCCGUGACAUCAUCACCAUGGAGCGCAGCGGCGUGGUGAUCUCCAACACAUCCGCCGCCGGAGGGGGCGGGGCCACCGUCAAGCGGGGGGAGGCCACGCUGGAGAAGACGGCGGCCGGAGAGUUCAGGCUGGGGGUGAGGGGGGUGGGCGGGGCUGACGCCGGCGCCUACGUGUGCCGGGUCCGAGCCUUCAUUGACAAGGGGGGGCGGAGCUCCGGAGGAGGAGGGAGGUGGCACAUGGCGGCGGAGAAGAUGUCCGGACCGGUGACGGUGACGGUGACGCAGAUCAAGCCCAGCUUCACACUGACCCUUGACCCCGUCGUGAACCCUAAGAUGGCGGCCGACCCCACAGAACUGGUGUGUCGGGUCUCCAACAUUACCCAUCUGCCCCUGGGGGGGCGUCUGGGGGUCAGCUGGCUGCACACACCCCUCCCCGGCAUCGGCGUCGACCCCCAGACCUCCAACGCCGUCGGCUCCCUGGACGCCCACGGCAACCUGUUACCGGGGUCGACCUACUCUGAUAGGCUGCAGAGCGGAGCCAUAGCGCUGAGCAGAGUUCAGCCCGACACCUUCAAACUGAGAUUCCUGCGAACACAGGUACGAACAAACAGAACGGACUUUAACCCUUUAACCCCGGACCUGUCUGUGCUGACACUCGACGUGUGUUCGUUGACAGGUCCGAAGUUCUCCGUCACCAUCCAAUCAGACGCCAGCACCGUGUAUCCCUGGGAAACGGCCAAGAUGGAGUGUACACUGAGCGUGUCUGGAUCUUCACCAAAGACUGAUGACCUGGCGUACGAGGUGCGUUGGUUUUUCACCAGGCUGCGCGGCGGAGAGUCCACCACCCAGGUGGGCGGAGUCGACCGCUUCGGCGUGGUCAGGAAAGACGCCCGCAACUCAUCCAGCGACGUUUCCAUCGAACGCAAGGACACACACACCUACACACUGAACAUCCACGGCACUCAGGACAGUGACAGUGGUGAGUACCACUGUGUGUCCACUCCCUGGUAUUUGUCUCCGUCCACUGGAGUUUGGACUCAGGCUGAAGAACUGACCUCAGCCAGGAUCUUCCUGACCGUCCGAUUCGCUG